AUGGAAGAGAAUUUCUCUAGUGAGGACGAAAUUAAAGAUUCGACUUUGAGUCCUAAAAAAGGUGGUAAGAAGUUAAAAUUAAAUGAUGGAAGUUCACAAGACAGUCUUACAGAAACUGCAUCUGGAAGCAAAGAUGUAAAAGAAGAAAAUAUCGAUAGUGGAGUUUCUGCAGACAAAUCUGAAAGCACAAGCAGUGACGAUCGCGCUACGACCAGCGCAGAGGUGCCUGUAAAUGAAGUAGUAUCAGUGGCACCUUCUAGCAGCAAUGUCAGAGCAAUUCUACUCGAUAUAAGAAGAUCUGCGCGAUCGAGAAAUUACAGAAAACGUAGAACACCUGAUAGGGAGUCAGACAGUGAUUCCUCUAGAGAUUCUGAUGACCUUUCAGUUGAAGAAGAACAAGUGGCUAGACGACCUGACACAUCAGAUGGAGAUUCAGCUACUGAAUUUUGUAAUGGAUCCCCCAGCGUGAGCAGUUCAGAUAGUUCUUCUGUCACAAGUACCGAUAGCUAUGGAAUUGGUGGAGACAUUCCUGGACCAGCUACUGGGGACACAGAUAGUGAUGAAGAUCCAUGGUUUUGUACCAACAGAAACCAAAGUAAAGGCGAACCACCAGCUGUUUUAUCCAAAACUCGACCUAAGCACAGUUAUUUGAUUUUAAGAGAAAUUAUUAAUCGUGAGCUUGGGCUGACAUUUCCCGUUGGCAAAACGGUACAAGCCGACAUGAUGUUUGAAGAAAAAUUCUAUGGAUCGUUACAUGCUGUAUACAGACUAGAUAAAUUACAUAAUCUUUUAAAACACAGGGGAUGUGUAAACUCUAUAAAUUUCCAUCCUGAAGGUCGGCUCUUAGCCUCCGGAUCAGAUGAUACAAAUGUUAUUGUAUGGGAUUGGGCGAAAAAAACUGCCUUGCAAACUAUCAAAACGGGCCAUAAAUCCAAUGUUUUCCAAAGCAAGUUUCUAUAUCUAAACGCUCAAAGCCAAAUUAAUAUUGCCACUUGUGCUAGAGAUGGUCAGGUGCGGCUGCUGUCGAUCCCGCCGAGCGGCGCGGCGGCGGCGCACACGCGGCGGCUGGCGGCGCACGCGCGCGCCGCGCACAAGCUGCACGUGUGCGGCGCCGAGCCGCACCUCGUGCUGUCCGCCGGCGAGGACGGCCUCGUGCUGUGCGCCGACGUGCGCGCCGAGCGCGCCGCCAAGUAUACACACACACUAACUAGUUGUCAUACGAGAUCUUUCAUGCUCACUGAUAAGGCUGGUGCACGUGAAGAGCUCGGAGCACGGCGGCAGCAUCGCGCUGUACAGCGUGGCGGCGCACCCGCGGCGCCCCACGAGCUGCUGCUGGCGGGCCGCGACCGCGCCGUGCGCGUGUACGACUCGCGCCGCGCCGCCGCGCCGCUCGCGCUCUACCGCCCCAACCACUUCCGCGACAAGAGCUCAGAGCCGUCUCGCAAGGUGCGCUUGACGAUGCACCUCACGUGCGCGGUGUACAACCACGACGGCUCCGAGAUACUCGGCUCCUACAACGACGAGGACAUAUACCUGUUUGAUACCAAAAAUGACAUUUUGGAUGAGAAUGCUAGUGAUGAAAAAGACGGCUACACGCACCGAUACAGCGGCCAUUGUAAUAGUGCUACGUUUAAGGGUGUCGCGUUCUUCGGGCCCAAGAGCCAGUACAUCGUGUCGGGGUCGGACUGCUCCUAUAUUUAUAUGUGGGAGAAGGAGUCUGAGGCCAUCGUGCAGUGGAUGGAGGGAGAUGACAAAGGCGUUGUCAACUGUAUAGAAACACAUCCACGGUUCCCCGUGAUGGCAACUAGUGGACUCGACAAGGACGUCAAGAUAUGGAUACCGAAGAGAGAGGCGGACCCCACUUUCGCUGGCAUGGAAAAGGUGGUGAGAGACAACAGCGAGCCAAGUCCCUUGUUCAACGAUUUUUUACCUACACUCUAUAGCACGUACCGCGGCACCAACAGAAUGUUUGCAGACGACGUACCCGCCUACGGGAACAUCGAGUUCGACGGAAACGUCUGCACCGCCUUC